AUGGACACCAGCUUCGACCCCUUUACCCAGGACAUCCGUCUUCUGUUCGCCAAUGGCACCGAGUUCGCCCGCCCGAUAUCGCAGCUCAACUACUUUUUCAAAGACAACACCAGACAAGCCAUCGCCUAUGGCUCGCAGCUUGGAGCCUCCCUUAUCUUACUGGUUGUUGUAAUGCUCCUGACCCCGCCGGAUAAGAGACGCUCCCCGGUUUUCUAUAUGAAUACAGGGGCACUACUUAUUAACGUCGGCCGAAUCCUAACGCUUUGCAUCUACUACACAACCGGCUUUUCGGACGUUUAUGCUAUUCUCGCAGAAGAUUACUCCCGAGUUACCACUGCUGCCUACGCCAACUCCUUGAUUGGCACGGUCCUCAAUUCAGUGUUGUUGAUUUGCAUCGAGGCCUCGCUUCUCUUUCAGACUCAAGUUCUGUGCUCGACAUUUCGGGAUCUCUAUCGCCGCAUUCUCCUGGCUGUUUCCAUCUGUAUUGUGCUAAUCACGGUCGGAUUCCGGCUGGUAGCGACUGUGGAGAAUUGCAAAGCUAUUCUGGGGUUAUACACCUUUGAAGGGUAUAUCUGGCUCCAAAGUACAACUAGCAUCCUCACAACCUUCAGCAUCUGCUACUUCAGUGCUAUUUUUGUUGCAAAGCUUGGAGCUGCCAUCAACACGCGUCGAAAGUUGAAUUUAACUGGGUUUGGGGCAAUGCAAGUGAUUUUUAUUAUGUCCUGCCAAACAAUGAUCGUACCAGCCAUUAUGUCCAUUUUACAAUACUUCGUCGAGGUGACCGAAAUGCCGCCCCUAGUUCUUUCACUUGUCGUGCUUUCUCUGCCUCUUUCCUCGAUGUGGGCGGCCCAAGCUACGAAAAACAGCUUUGAUGCUAUCCAAGGCUUCUCAGAACCACGCCCUCUCUUUGGACCUGGUUCUGAGAAAACCAAAACGACAACUCAGGGUUCGAUGGCGAUGAAUAUUCCCAAACGUCAGCUUACUGCAGAUCAGUUGGAUCGUCUGUACCCAGAGCUCGAGACUGGUGAGAUCCAUGUGGAGCGCGAUUUUACCAUUCGUAGCGAUACAGCCCGAUAA